CAACAAACUUGUUCGUCGAGUGUGGAGUCUUGGCAGGGCUAAACUUCGUCAACAUAGCUUAUUUUGGUCGUUUUCAAGUCUCAUCUGGAAUUUAUUUGUUCUCUGUGCUAUAAAAGGCUGACAGAAUGUCGGCGGAACUUAUCAGACAUGGACGAAGAAGCGGACAGUCGAGGAGAGAUUCUGGAUCAAAGAGUGCUGAACUUCCCAGACAACAACUUUCACCGCCACAGCAGGGACCAAGAGGAAUGAUGCUACCGGAUGGUACUGACUUGAGACAGGUCACUGUAUUAUCCAAAACAGACUGGCAACGGAUCCAGGAUCAGUUGUCCAAAAGUAGCAGAGAGGAACAGAGAAUGAGAGCACAGAGAGAGCAAGAGCUAGCCUUACAUGAAAGAUCAAAGGAAGUUGUUAAAAACUGGAGUAACACCAUAGCUGGACAACGUCUAAAAAAGUUGGAAGCUCGUAAAAUACGCGAGGAGAAAGAAGAGGAAGAGAAAGUACAGCUGGAUAUUGAAGAAGCUAAAUUUCAAUCCGAAAAAAGGAAAAUCGCCAUAGACAAAGCAAAAACCCAGCAAUAUUAUCAAACAGAUAGGGUGAAAGGUUUUCAUGGGGCUUUGCUCCUAACUGAAGUUUUGAAAGAACGAGAAGCUCAGAUAGAAUUCAGGAAAGCCAGGGAAAGAGCCAGCGCUGGUAAAGACAGGGAUAUCUACAUGAGAUAUCAAAGAGAAGUUGAAAUGGGUAUUCUAGAAGAUCAGGCUAAAGCUAGAACUGCUAUGGAGGAAAGAAGAAAAUGCAAAGAAUUCCAACUCCAUCAAAUUAAUGAUCAUCUGAAAAAGGAAGAUUUAGCAAAACUUACUGAUGUACGAGAGGGAGAGGAGAUCAAAAGAAACACAGAACGAUAUGAAGCUGAAAAACGAAGAAUUGAGGAAAUUAAACGCAAAGAAAGGGAAGAUAUAAUGAAAGCACAUUUACAGACUGUAAAGGACAGAGAUCUCAUCAGAGCUGCAGAAAGACAAAAGGAAGAGGAGGAGGAAGAGGAAAUAAGAAUCUUUGCAGCAGCCAAGAGAAAGAUGGGAAAACUGAGAAAAACUAAAGAAAAGGAACUGUGGCUAAAAAAACAAGACCACACUAACAAAAUGGUGGAACUGCUCCAUGGGCAGCUGAAGCAGAAGGUUGAUAAUGAAGAUGAAAGAAUUAUAAAAGCAGUCGGUGAAAGAGAAAGAAUUGAGGAGAUGGAGGACAAAGCAAAAGAAGAAAAGCUACAUAAAACGCUGCAAUCGAUUGCGGAACACAGAACCACCCAGAUGAAACUAGCUGAGAAGCAAGAAAGGGAGAAUAAACGUAAAGAAACAGAGAAUUUACUACUGAGAGUGGAAGCUGAUCGCAUCUUCCAGAGUCAACAGGAGGAAAAAAUGAGAGCCGCUAAAGCUGAGGCACAAGCGUUGCAGGGUUUCCACAACAAGCAGAUUGAUGAGAAUAUUGGUGGAAUUAGAAAAGAACAACAAGAUCAGUUAGAACAUGAUCAACGCAACUUAGAACUCUUGAAAUUAGAGGAGGAUCAAUUCCAAGAGUAUGCUGCUAAAGUGAUUACUCAUUGCCACAAGAAUGGCCGUAAUGUGUAUCCCCUUGUCAAAGCCGCACGUGAAGGACAUGGUGGUGGGAUGGGACCAGUAUUUGAAGGGAAAGGUGGUAUUAGACCAAGUUAUCUUGUACAAGACGCCACAGGUGUAGAGUUGCCAACUUAUCAGAAAGAUAGUACAACUGAUGUUAAAAGUGGUCAAAAUUCAGGAGAUUCCCGAAAAAGACUAGGAUUUGUUUGGUAGAUUGCAUUUUUUAAAAUUAAUAUUGUAUAUAAAAUUAAAUUGAUACCAGAAAAAUAAAUAUUUGGCUUGUCAACUUCA